UAAAGCGAAAAGGAUGCUGCUCUUGAAAGCAUCCGGAAGCAAUCUCUUAAACGACUGCAGCUAAAGCCUGUUAAUGGACGUCCUCUAAUCCUCGGGUGCACUUUCCAGUCCGCAAGAGGAGCUGACUCACUCCCCUGUCACCUCCUACCUGGAGGAGGGCGCUCUUUAUUCAGUUUCCAUCCUCCGUGGAGAGGCUGUGGCGUGCUGGUCCAGAGCUGGGUACUUCUCCAAGUGCUCGUCAUCCGUGCUCCGACAGGCCGGAGCAGCACUGUGAGCAUCACCGCAUCACAUCCACUCGACAUGGACUUCUCCAUCCGCGCGGCCAACCUGGACGACUGCAAGGACAUCGCGCGGAUGAUCAUGGAACUGGCAGAGUAUGAGAAACUGGCAGAGCAUGUGAAAGUGACCCAGAAAGACUUGGAGCAGGAUGGCUUUUCCAAGAACCCGUUCUUUCACGGGAUCAUCGCUGAGGUGCCAGAACAGCACAAAACCAAAGAAGGGCACACAAAGAUCGGCUAUGCACUUUACUUCUAUUCCUACAGCUCCUGGUCAGGCAGAGCCAUUUAUAUGGAGGACCUGUAUGUGAUGCCUGAGUUCAGAGGGAAAGGUGUCGGUAAAGCACUAAUGAGCAAGGUGGCACAGCUGGCUCUGGCUGCUGGUUGCCACCAGCUCAACUUCACCGUCCUGGACUGGAACAAACCAUCGAUGGACUUUUACCUCAGCCAGGGCAGCUUCGAUAUCACUGCUUCCAUGGGCUACCACUGCAUGCGCUGCGAGGGGGAGGCGCUGGAGCACCUGGCUCAACCUUAACCCAACCCUCAUGACCUUUCGUGACCUUUGCAGCCAUGAGGUCAGCCCACACACUGCAGGGAUGGAGCACCACUCAGUGGCCUCUUUCCAAAACUUGACAAGCUGAUUUUUAUUGACUGUUUGCUAAUCCCUGCCUUCCUUAACAUUCUAACUUUAAAGCCAUUUAGCAAUGUGUUGCAUAUUAACUAUAACAUUUUUCACCAUUUUUAUGCAGCAAACGUCACCUACAUGUUGGUAACUAGCCUUUACUUUACGGAUCACUUAAAGUUGGUAGAAACACACCCCUACCACAGUAUAAUAUUUAAGAGAUAUAACUUUUAAAAUACCUGUCGUUUUAAUGGAGAGAGACAGAAUACAUAUCACAUAAGAGUUCUAAACUGAAUUGCAUAUUUUCAUUGACUGAAAUAAGUAUUUGAUCCCCUACAACCCAGCCAGAAUUCUGGCUCCCACAGAUUGGCUGUGUGUAGCACACGGAUUACAGUCAACCAAUGAAUUAAUGAUUCCACAUUUCAGUCUCUCCACCACCAUGGACAAGAACAAAGAUCUGUCAAAGGAUGUCAGGAACAAGAUUGUAAGCUUGCACAGGAAUGGGAUGGGCUACAGGACCAUCACAAAUAGAAGACAUAAAAGAACCAUCAGUCAGCCUCAGCCUAGAUCUCCAUGCAAGGUCUUGCCUCAUGAGCUGAGGAUAAUCAUGAGACAGGUGGUAGACCAGUGCACUAUUAAAGAUCUGAAGGCAGUUGGGACCACAGUCACCAAAAACACCAUUGCUAACACACUACUCUCUAAUGGACUGAAAUCUUGCAACACUUGUAAAGUUCUUCUUUUCAAGAAGGCCUGACUUAAGUUUGUCAGCUGAAUGAUUCAGUGAAAGCUUGGGAGAAAGAAAAUCAACUCAACCUGCCAUGUUUGGAGGAAGAGAAAUGCUGAGUAUGACCCAAACACCACCAUCCCCACAGUCAAGCACAGAGGUGGAAACAUGCUACAGCUAAAAGUACAGGACCACUUCACUGUACCGAGGGGCCGUGAAACCUUGGGCAAGAACUUUGUUCCCUGAGUCAGAACACUGAAAUGAGUCAUGGAUGGGUCUUCCAGCAAAAAACCCCAAAAACCCACCAAGAUAAAAAUUAGUGACUUCAACCAGUGUUUCCCAACCUUUUGGAGCCACAGCACAUAUUUCACGUUAAAAAAAGCACACAAAACGCUACCAAACAAAAAUGUCACAAAGAGCAUAUUGAUCAUUUUCCCCUGCGCACCAGGUAUAGUGGAAUUGGCUCGUUUGUCCCCAGCAUACCUUUUUUCUUUUGACCAUGACAUAAUAGUCAUGCUGUGGUCUCACAGCAUGACUAUGUAAUUUCUUCUUUGUCUUCUUCUGCUUUACUGGCA